GCUGAACAGACCGAUGAGGAGUGUGGAUGAAAGCCUCUGUAUAAAGUGUUAAAAAUGCGCUUUUAUGAGGCGAGUGAGCCGUCGAGGAGCUGAAGAUGAGGUUUAACGAGAAGGAGCUGGUGUUUCUCAGCCGCCAGCCCACACAGAGAGCGGCCGAGCUCGGCAUGAGAGGCCCGAAGAAAGGCGACGUUGUAAAGAAGCGUUUGGUGAAACUUAUUGUUAAUUUCCUGUUUUACUUCCGGACCGAUGAGGACGAGCCCAUCGGCGCUCUGCUGCUGGAACAGUGUCGUGUGGAGAGAGAAGAUCCUCAGGUUUUCUCUAUCGUGUUUUUAGACGAGGCGGAGCGAAAAUAUCUGUUUGAAUGUGAUUCUCAGGAACAGUGUGCCGAGUGGAUCGACGCCAUCAUUAAAGCCAGUUAUGAAUUCAUGCGCAAAAACCUGGUCUACUACCGCACAGAAAUCCAUCGGCUGACGGGCAAGGAUCCACUGGAGCAGUAUGGGAUAUCAGACGAAACCCGCUUUCAGGUCAACAGCGCUCUUCCUCCUCUCCCUCCUCCUCCUCCUCCCACAUAAACCACACGAACAUCAGCAUUUAUAUAGCUGUUUUUCCUUUCAGAGAGUCUUCUAUUCAUAUCCACCACUGUUCACUCUGCAGUCUUUAACGUGGUGAAUGUGUUCUGUUAUUACUGUAAUGAAUGUCCGCUGAGUUUGAGCCAAUUAAGCGUUAUUCCUGAUAUUAAGAUCACUGUUAAUGUAAACAAACGUCGGGUUUUACAACUCAUUUCAGCACCUUUAUUGCCUUUAAUAACUGAUGUUAUAAAGGUUUUAUGCAUGCACACAUUAGGACGCUUCACCUUAAGUGCACUCAACAGGGUUUGUAGCAUGCAGAUUUGAUUUAUUUUAUGCACUGUGGCCUUACUAGAGGUUUUACAGUAAAACAGUUUGUGUAUUUGCGUUUAUUUAAUGUCUCUGAAGCUGUGUAGUGUUUUUAUUUCAUGUCAAAAUCAAAGGAGAAAAAAUAUUUAUAUUCUGCAAAAUAAGUCUGUAUCUGGACUAUUAAAUAUUUGAUGGCAUAAAUAAUAGUGUUUGUAUAAAGGUAUACGCUAUUAUAAGUUUGGGCUCGGUAAGAUUUUUAUAAAAUAAGCUUUUUUUUCACUGUGACUGCAUUUAUUUGAUCAAAAACACUGUAAAAUUAGUAAAUGCUUUGACAAUGAAACUUUUUUUUUAAUUAAAUGUAGAAUAAUUUUUAUUUAUUUCUGUGAUUUUAAAGCUAAUUUUCCAGCAAUAUUAAUCCAGUCUUCAGUGUCACAUGAUUCUUUAGAAAUCAUUAUAAUAUGAUGGUUUAAUAAUCAGAAAAAACAUUUAUAAUUAUUAUCAGUGUUAAAAUCUGUUGAGCUGUGUUGUAAAAAAAAAAAUAAAAUGAGUGUAAAGAAGAGAACCCAGUCCAGGAGACUCGAAACAAGCAGAAUUCCUUUAUUGAGACGUGUUGGUUAAUCUGCAGUCAUACAGCGUCUUUAAGAUGUCCAUGUGUCUGCAAGAGCCUACUAGAGGUCCGCAGUCUGCAAGUUCUUUCACAAGUCUCACACAAGUCUGAUUUAAGACAAAGAUUUCAUGGCUAUAUUGUGUUCUUAGGAGGAGGGGACAUGGCUAAACAAAGCAUGCAAAUUAAGAGUUGUGGUCGGCAGGGUAAACUGCUUUUUCAGGUCUAAUCUAACCACGUUCUGGAGACAGAAACCGCCUGACCAUUUAAUCGAAAAGAGAAAAACAAUAGACACCCCAUGCUGUGAAACUGACAAUUUGCAUUACUUUGGCUUAGCCUGUAAUCAGAAAGACAAAAGGUUAAUAUCCCUCCUAGCUGGCAUGUUAAUGAAAUGAUAUAAUUAAAAACCAAAGAAUAUAACUUUUCAGUUAUUUGUAGAUUAUUGUUCAUUUGGAAUUAGAUGAUAUCAAUUUAUAUUUCCACAGCUGCUUCAUAUUUUUGUGUAAUCUAUGGUUUUUAAUAGGGAAGAAAUAGAUGUUAAUUGCGGGAUAAAUAUUAAUUCGUACAACAAAACCCUCUCAAAAUUAAAAAUUAAAUAGAAAAAUAUUAAACAGUAAUGUAAUAAUAUUAAACAACAAUAAAUGAACGAUUCAACUUUGUUUGAUUAAAAAUACAGUAAUUUUAAAAAUGGUAUUACAAUUUUAAAUAACUUUAUUAAAUGUAGAUUUUUUUUUUUUGGUGAUUUUGUGACUGAUUUUCCAGCACUAAUAUUCCAGUCUUUCGUGUCGCUUCAGAAAUCAUUAUAAUAUGAUGAUUUAAUAAUCAGAAAAAAACAUUUAUGAUAAUUAUUAUCAGUGUUGAAUUCUGUUAUGCUGCUUCAUAUUUUUGUGUAAUUAUGGUUUUUAUUCGGGAAGAAAUAGAUGUUAAUUGCAGGAUAAAUAUUAUUUCGUACAAUAAAACCCUCUUAAAAUAAAAAAAUUAAAUAGAAAAAAUAUUAAACAGUAAUGUAAUAAUAUUAAACAACAAUAAAUGAAUGAUUCAACUUUAUUUGAUUAAAAAUGCUGUAAUUUAAAAGAAGUUAUUAAAAUUUUAAUUAACUUUUUAAAUUAAAUAUAGAUUCAUUUUUGUUUAUUUCUGUGAUUUAAAGCUAAUUUUCCAGCAUUAAUAUUCCAGUCUUUCAUGUCACAGGAUCCUUCAGAAAUCAGUAUAAUCUGAUGAUUUAAUAAUCAGUAAAAAACAUUUAUAAUUAUCAUCAUCAGUGUUGAAAUCUGUUGAGCUGCUUCAUAUUUUUGUGUAAUCUAUUGUUUUUAAUAAGCAAAAAAUGGAGGUUAAUUAUGACAUAAAUAUCAAAUUUUACAACAAAACCCUCUCAAAAUUAAAAAUUAAAUAAAGAAAUAUUAUAAAACAACAAUCAAAAUAAAAAAAAUAAGGAUUCAACUUUAUUUAAUUUAACAUAGUAUUUUUAAAAAUGUUAUUACAAUUUUAAAUAUUUGUUUUAUUUUUGUGAUUUUCCAGCUUAAAUAUUUCAGUCUUUAGUGUCACAUGAUCCUUCAGAGAGCAGUAUAAUAUGAUUUAAUAAUCAGAAUUUUUUAAAUAAUAAUUAUCAUCAGUGUUGUAUAUAUAUGUAUAUAUUAAUACUAAAAAUAUACAGAUUUCUGAAAUAUGUGAUACUGAAAAAGCUGCAUUACAUCACAGCUACUCAAUUUUAAUAUAUUUAUCAUAAUAAAAGUUAAACAGUAAUAGGCAACACAGUGGCUCAGUGGUUAGCACUGUGGCCUCACAGCAAGAACGUCGCUGGUUUGAGUCCCGGCUGGGUCAGUUGGUGUUUCUGUGUGAAGUUUGCAUGUUCCCCCAGUGUUGGCAUGGGUUUCCUCUGGGUGCACAGUCCAAACACGUGCGCUAUAGGGGAACUGAUGAACUAAAUUGGCCGUAGUGUGUGUUUGUGUGUGGGUGUUUUCCAGUACUGGGUUGCAGCUGGAAGGGCAUCCGCUGUGUAAAACAUAUGCUGGAUAAGUUGGCGGUUCAUUCCGCUGUGGCAAUCCCUGAUAAAUGAAGGGACUAAGCCAAAGGAAAAUGAGUGGAUGGAUAAAUAAACUGCAAUAAUAGUUCACAGUUUUAAAUAUAUUUAAACUAUUUUUGAUCAAAUAAAUGCUUUGGUGUGCAGAAUUGCCUUUUUUUUAUUAAAACAUAAAAAAAAUAUAGUGAUCACAAGCUUUUGACUGGAACAGAGAGAAAGUGUGUGUGUGUGUUUGUAUGUUUAAUUGAUAUUGGUAUUAUUAAUUAUUAUUAUUAUUAUUAACAUAAGCAAAAGCAUUAGAUAUUUGAAUGCAGAAUUAAAACACCAUUAUUUUUGACUUUUGAUUUUGUGGUGACAUGACAUCUGUGCAUUUCAUACAUUCUGACCUCACCUUGUGAAAAUAUCAGCUUUAAAUAAUUCAGUCAAGUGUUUCGUCAUAAGAGGACUUCCGUUCAACUGUUACUCAGACUAGUUGUUACAGUCGAUGCUCAAACAAAAGGGCAUUGAACGGCAGAACAUCAGACAGAAUGAGAUGACAAUAACUCGAGCAGCUUUCCUGUAAGCAUGGAGACCGAUUGAUUAUGCCUGAAAGUGUCUGCAUCUUAUAAAUGUGAGAUUCUUUAUAGUUUUUAAAGAGACAGUACACCUGAAAAUGAACAUAACCGCAUUAUUAUUUAAGUGCUUGUCAACUUCCAUUGAACACAAACUAAGAUAUUCAGAAGAAGGCUAAAAAUGACACUGUAUUCUUCAGCUUUGUGUUUAAACAAGUAAAUGAUGACAGAAUUUACAUUUGUGUGUGUGUGUGUGGACUGUCCCUUUAAGCUUACCGUCAUGCACUAGAAAUUAUUCCAAAUAUUUUAGAUUUUAUAAUUGAUGUAUGUUGCUCGUUUCCAAUCUUAUUUUUGCUAAUAAAUCUCUUUUAAAAGACUGC